AUGUUUUCCCGAACGAUUCUCUCAAGGCAACUCCGCCAACCCGCCACCACCCUCCUCCUCCGUUCCACAACGACAACCGCCCCUGCCUCUUCCUCAGGGUCCUUCCUGCUCUCCCUCGCCGCCCAGCGCCGGCUCCUCUCUGACGCCACGCGCAAGGCCAUCGACAAGGCCGUGUCGUCGGCGCCCGUGGUGCUCUUCAUGAAGGGCACGCCCGAGACGCCCCAGUGCGGUUUCUCGCGCGCCAGCAUCCAGGUGCUGGGCUUGCAGGGCGUCGACCCGAACAAGUUUGCCGCGUUUAACGUGUUGGAAGACGACGAGUUGCGGCAAGGUAUCAAGGAGUACUCGGAUUGGCCGACGAUUCCGCAGCUUUACGUCGACAAGGAGUUCAUCGGCGGGUGUGACAUAAUCGUGUCAAUGCACCAGAGCGGCGAACUCGCGAAGCUGUUGGAGGAGAAGAAGGUGUUGGCAACAGAAAGCGAGGCAGAGACAGAGGCGCAAGGGGGAAAGAAGGAAUAAUAGAAGGGAUGGAGAAGGUUGAUCAUAGGUAAUGACAAAAGCGAAACAUGACUGGAGGCUUGGCUCAUAGUAUGUUUGUAUAGAUGCCACUCACGCACGGCACGGCAUGUUAGACUCUGUAACACCACCACUUUUCACUGCUAACACGUUGCAUUAAGAAGUC